AUGACACCCGUCCAACUAACUCUUGCUCUGCUCCUCGUAGCGAUAGCUGCUUUGGUUAAUGCUGCAAGCACCACCUGGGAGACAAAUCCCUCCCAAGCAACCUUGCCAGGAACCGCUUCCAAUUGUAACAAAUGGCAUACUGCGAAGAAGGACGAGGAUUGCUCCACCGUGCAGCGUGCGUUUGGUAUCUCGGCCGAUGACUUUUCUCGUUGGAAUCUGUCGGUCUCCAAGGACUGCAAGAAGAACUUUUGGGCGGAUACUUCAUACUGUGUUGGAGUAGGGCCAGCCAUCCCCAGUGGAACCCCAACCCCAACCUCGACUCACAGCUCUUCAACAACCACGACUCCUGUAAAGACUCCCCCAAGCGAUAGUGUGACCUCAACGGCAGCUAGUUCUAGCCCCCCCAUGGCUAGUGCUACUUACACAAUCAAUCAUCCUAUUACCACCCAGAGUAUGACUGAGCCUACUCUCGAGACAGCGUGGCCUCCCACCAAGACCCAGGCAGGUCAACCCACAUCUUGUGUCGGGUGGCAUGAGGUCAGGAUCGCUGACACCUGCGAUACAAUCGCAGGCCGCUACAGCGCGUUCGCCACAAUUGAAGAGCUUCUGGAAUGGAAUCCGGGCCUCAAGGAGGAUUGCGACCACCCCCUCCUGGGCUAUUUUGUGUGCGUCAUGGUCAAGCCAAAUGGCCUCACAUUAUCCUAUCCAACUGCUACAACCCCGGUGACGAUUCCUACCCCUACGCCGUACACGCCCCCUCCUCCAGUUUGCCCUAAUAGCACUGACGCCACGGUGUUUACGCCGUCACCGACACAGCCUGGAAUGGCCACAGGUUGUCGGGUUUAUCACCAUGCUACAACGGGAGAUUCAUGCUCCAAGAUUGUAUCGAAAUAUAAAUACAUAAACGAGAAACAACUUCAAGAGUGGAAUCCAGCUCUUGGUUCAGUUUGCAAGGGUCUAGUUCCCAACUUCUACUACUGUCUCUAUCCCAGCACAUUCGUACCUAUGCCGCCCACUGUCACCACAGCCCCAGCUCCCACUCAGUCCGGCAUCGCCAGCAACUGCAAGGCUUGGUAUCAAGUGAAGGACGCGGAGAUCUGUUCCGAAAUUGCGCUCAUAUUUGGCACGUUCUCGGAGGGUGACUUCAAGGCCUGGAACCCUUCGGUUGGCAAGGGCUGUACUAAAAUCCUCAAGGAUAACUGGUACUGCGUGGCAGUGCCUAGUACUCCUUCCACUCGCACUGCGCCUGUUCCGACUUUCCCAACAAGCGUUCCACGCCAGCCAAACGUGAUUAAGAACUGCACUACGUGGUGGCAUGUGUCUGAGAACGAGGAUUGCUACGACGUCUCCCGGAAGAACUCUAUUAAGGUCGAGGAGUUCCUUAGAUGGAACCCCGACGUACGCUCUUCCCAGAAUGACUGCAAAUUCCUACCCGUAGACCACGAAGUGUGCGUGGGCAUACGACCCAAACCGCCUAUCCCCGGGUGUCUGGCAAUUCCGGGAAAUACAACCACCUCGUCCUAUGUGGCCCGGGCAUUGCCUACCAAGACUGGCUGGACUAAGACUCUGACCACUACAGCCAUCGUGACGCAAUGCGAGGGUCCAUCCUCGUCCACCUGUGCCACUGCCAUGGUGACCACGACGGCAAUUGUGACCCUGUUCCCGUUGCCAACGGCCGAGGCCACCCAUACCAAGUUUGUGACUUCUACAGUGACCAUCACUCACGAUGGGAGCUCGUCCUCUAGGAAGCCACCGGAGACCUCCACACCAAUGGUGACUCCACCUCUGCCUCAUCAGACCAGUAAACAAGGUUCGACUCUCAUCACCCCGUCAACUAAAGGUCCAUUCUGUGCCAACCCUGACUGGGCCUCUACCACCGCAGAAUCCUUCAACCAUAACGGUGACUACAAGGAUUACGACGAAGUGCUCGACUUCGUCUACGCUGAAGACAAGCGAGCCGGAGUAUACCACGAUUGUGACUACUACGAAGACAACUCCUUGCUCGACUUCGUCUACCUCGGCUCUACAUACGAGCGUGCUGGACUAUACUACGACAAUAGCAACUCGAUGCUCCUCUUCGUCUAA